GAAGGUUAAUGAUUGAUGUUGGAACAUUUUCCAAGGUCGUCAACAGCGUAGUUCGUUAACGUGCUUCUGUUUCAGUGUCGGUUCAUUGGUUGCAGCAGCACAUCCCAACGACUAUAAUUUCCACCUUGCAAAACAAACUAUAGUUGACACUACAAUUUCUACCAAAUAAAUGAUCAUCAAAUCAUGUUAACGUUAAAUGAACAAAUUGCUAUACAAGAAACUGUUCAAAAUGAAUUAAAACAGACAGUAUCCUCACAACCUAUCUAUGAACGUUUUGGUGGUAAUAUCUUUUUUCCUGUUUCUCGUACAAAUGCUUUAAUCCAAUGUGAAGAAAAACUUUUAAAGCUGCGUAAAAGUCAAUCUGAAUUAAAAUCAGACAAGAAAUAAUUUAUAAUCAUUGUCCUUUAUCAAUUUUUUUCUUUUUUUGUAAGAUUACUAAUAACACAAGAUUAUGAAUCAUGAAACUUUUGUAAUGGAAUAAAUCAUUUUUAUGUAUAUAUAUUUUUUUCUAGAUUAAUUUUUAUUUAUUGGAGAUAAUAGACUAAACAAUUAUUCAUGUGUU